CUUUUUAAUAUUUAUGAGCCGGAAGACGAUCCGGUUUGAGUAGAUUACCCAAGAUGCUCGGCGUGCUUGUAGCAGGGGGGAAUGCGUGACAAUGGCAACAAAUACUACAGCAAAUAACCCAUCUUUCGAUUGUCCAUCAUGGGCAGGGAAGCCUCCAGCGGGACUGCAUUUGGACGUGGUGAAAGGAGACAAGCUAGUCGAGAAACUGAUCAUCGAUGAGAAGAAGUAUUACUUGUUCGGGAGGAACCCGGACGUCUGUGACUUCACCAUCGAUCAUCAGUCGUGCUCUCGGGUGCACGCGGCCCUCGUCUACCACAGGCAUCUGAAAAGAGUGUUUCUCAUCGACCUCAACAGCACACAUGGCACGUUCCUCGGACACAUUCGCCUGGAGCCCCACAAGCCCCAGCAGGUUCCCAUCGACUCCACCAUGUCGUUCGGCGCUUCCACGCGCGUUUACACCAUUCGGGAGAAACCUCAGAGUCAGCCGGGCUCCGGCGUAGGGGACAGUAAAACCGGGGACGAAGAGGAGCUGAAGGGUCUUCUGGGACUUCCAGAGGAAGAAACUGAGCUGGAGAACCUGACUGAGUUCAACACCGCUCAUAACAAGCGCAUCUCCACCCUCACCAUAGAGGAGGGCAACCUGGAUAUUCAGAGACCCAAGAGAAAAAGGAAGAGCUCCAGAGUGACCUUCAAUGAAGACGAUGAGAUCAUUAACCCAGAGGACAUCGACCCCUCUGUCGGACGUUUCAGAAACAUGGUCACAACAGCCGUGGUUCCCAUUAAGAAGAAGAAAAUGGGCGGAGGCAACGCGCUGGGAAUCGAGGAAACCAUGACGCGACACAUGCACACGUUCCCUUUGCAAGGUGGACUCUACAGAGACCUCCCCCCGGCCAGUCACGAAGCUCAGUCCCCGGGAGCUCCCGGCGGAGCCACCAUCCUGGGAGGACUGCCGCUGCCGCUGCCCAACCCGGCCCCGGACGUAGACCUGGCCCAGGAGGCCCCGCCGCCUCCGCUCGUGCUCAACCCCACGCCGCUACCCGGCCCCUACGCCGCCGACCCGCUCAGUGAACCCCGCAAGAAGAAGUACGCUAAAGAGGCGUGGCCCGGCAAGAAGCCCACGCCGUCUCUGCUCAUCUAGCCGCGUGUCGACACGCCACUCUCCUACGCUCACGAACUCUGUCUUGAAGCGUCUGGCAAACGGACUUGAUCUCUCUCUACAAGAAUCCGAUUCGAUGCGAGAAAUUAGUUUUAAAAGAUGACCUCGGCUCGCUCUCGUGUCACUCCAGGCGUGUAGUACUUACAGAACGCUACUUCCUCAAACGGAUUCAAUUGGUCCCAAUCGUUCGUUUUUGUUUUGUGCUGCUUGCACGUGAUGCGCCGUUUCGUAGGAACCUUGCAAUGACGUGAGGGUGAGCGAACGAUUCAACGCGCUUCGAACGAUUUGAAAUGCCAGCUUGAAAGUGAGAGCCUGAUGAAAAACAAACACAAGUGCAUAACCAGAUCCAGCAGAAUAUCACGUUUAGCCCAAGAUGGCGGGGAGGAGGGGUUAACUUCUACAGUGUUUUUAUGUAAAAUGUUCUCGAAAACGUACCACUAGGCAGCAAGUUGUUUCAAACUAGCUGUUUGGCCACGCUUUUAGGAGCAUCGUCAAUCCAGAUGAUCACUUCGGUUUCAAAACCAAGGAAAUUCUUCAAUAUCGUAACGCUUUACCGUGUGAAGAUCUGUUUUUUUCUCUCUGUGGUUUCACACUCUAUUAGUUUCAUACCCGUUCCCCUUUAAUCCACGAAGCGAGGGCAGAGGUGUUCGCAGUGAACUGUUCGCUGACGGUUCAUCAGGGCUCAAUGUAUACGGUCUUCACUGUUAAAGAAAAAACUGUUUUCUACUCCUGUUCUGUUUGGUACAUUUGAUGUUUGUACAUAUCAUUCACAAUAAAAGCCAGUGUAUUUUUAUAUAUUUAAACUGAUGCCGGUUUAAGUCUUUACCUUUUGAAUAGAGGUUCCUGUUUCGUAUUCGUGACCGAGCUGUUCAUUUUCUCCACAACUGGUUUGAUGUCAAGAUGUCAGCAGUCAUGUGACUUGGGGUUUUUUGGUUCAACACCAUGACGCUGAUUAUCAGAAGUCGUCCGUUCUGGCCUUUCAUUGCUACAGCAUGCCUUCACAAAAAGUCACCUUCCUGAGAUACGCCGCCGCAAGCGGAAAAAGCGGUUUGGGAUACCCGUGAUGAAUUACCUUUAACAGUUAAACUCGACUGUGACCGUGUCAACGAAGAAAACCUUUCCCGUGUCACUUCCUGUUAAUCAGCACGCUCUAUUUCUGGAUACUGAUGUCAAACCUGCGUUCGGUGGCUUUGGUUUGUCUGACUAGACGUGUUUUCCCGAAAUAAAAUGCUUAUUUUUUUGUC